AUGUCCUUAAGACGGUUGGCAAUAAUUGCGCCGCUAACGCUGAAGCAUAACAAGCAAAAUAUUUCAAAUAUUGCAGCACCAAUAAGUGCGCAAGAAACAAUAACAGCGACAACAACAAAUAUUGACAUUAAGCAAACACAACCAGCAACAGCUAUAGCAACCACAGCAACAACAACAUUAGCAACUGUAACUAAGAGUCAUCGAAUUAUCGACGACGAUAGUUACGCCGAUGACAGCAAUGACAACAGUGAAGAUGACAGCAACGAGACAUAUACGAACAUAAUUAAUGCAUAUACGCCCGGCAAUGGCUUGCAAACAAUACGCGCGAGUUUUGGCCUAAGUGGCCUCAUCGGUCACAAUUCAGGUGGCAUUGGUGGUGGUGGAAGCAUCGGUGGCGGUCAUCAAACAUAUCCACAUGCAAUUAAUGGAAAUGCGAAUUUACUAUUAUGCGGCGCCAUGCUAUCAGUGGUUACCACCAUUCUAUGCGUUGUUUGUUAUUGUUGCCAUCGUAACAUAAAGAAACGCACCGAAGCUGCAUAUCGCCAGCAACACCAGUGGCUUGAAAGUGAUCCCAAUAUGGAAAUAUACAGUGUGGAGCAGAGCUAUGAAACUUCUGGCAUAUUUCUGGGUGAAUCCACCGACGGCUUCACCACCUUGGCAACACUUCACCACGAGCCGCCACCAUCGUACGAUGCCGUGGUUGCCAUGCAAGAGCAACAACUAUUACAACAACAACUUUAUCAGCAACGAUGCCAACUCUUACAGCAGCAGCAAACGCAUUUACAACAUAACUCCCCACCACCAGGCUAUCGUUCCACGCUCGCCGUCAACGAAAUGCCUACCCCAACAACCAGCAACUUGGCCAUGGACACGCUGCACAACGACAGCAGCGGCAACCUUAGCGGCAGCUGCAAUAUCAGCAUCAGCGGCAACAGCAUCGGUGGCAAUAGUUGCAGUAAUUUCUUUGCUUGCGGCAAGCCAACAACUGCGCCGACGAAUAGCAGAUACAGCAGCAACAACGCAACAUUUUUAAAUAUGAAAAAGGCGCUGAAUGCACAGUCAUGCUGCUCGCUGCAGCGCGCCGAGGUGGAGAAUAUGUGGAAUGCAGCCACAGCUGCCGUAGCCGCACGUGCCUCACACGCUGCCACAUCAUCGCCGUGCGGUGCCGCCAGCCUGUCCGGCAGCAAUGCAGCCGGCGGGAGCAGCAGCAACAGCGGUGGCAGUAACGGCCCGAACCGAAACCACAUAUCACCUAGUAUGUUGCUGGCACGCAAAUCGCUGCCACUGCCACUCACGUUGCCCGCGAAAUUUACAACGAAAGCAUGCGGACGACGUUACUUGCCACACCACAGCACUUACUAUCGCCGCGGUUGCCCACUUUGUGGCAAGUUUCGUUACGACGCAGAUGAGGCGCUCACGCUGUCGGUAGAAAGUGGGCUGGACGUGCCCACGACAUCUACAACUUUACGAGCGGAACGGGUUGCCACAGAGAUCGCAGUAGCCGCAGAGGACGCUAUUGGUGUGGCAAUCAGCAGCAGUGAGCUGAGGUUGGCGAACAGAUGUCAGCAGCUAACUGCGAUGGACUGCGAUAGGACAAAGGGUACCGGUGUGGGACGCCAAGGGGCAGCGGCCGAACAAGUAAUGGUUGAGGCAACAGACGAAUUGGAAAAGUGUGCGUGCACGGUUGACAUUUUGGAGUCGUCUUCAACUGUAAUAAUUGACAGUGAUGCCAACGGCAAUCACAACAGCAGCGAGGUAACAGCAAGCGCUAAUAACAACGCAGUGAACGCAGUGUCAAAGGAAAUGAUGAUCGAUCAGAAUGCAAAUGGGCAGACAAUUACGGAAGAGGACUCUACUGAUGUUAUUGCUGCCAGCAGACCAAAGGAUGCAUCAAUUAAUGUGUUUGUAACAUCCUACAGCCAUACGAUGGAGGCUGUUGCCUCAAAUAUGCCCGAAGACACUACUUUGGACGCAAUUAAUGCCAAUAGUGGUAUAAUACGUGUCGACAUGAGCAAAAUCAUCGAUCAGACAGGCUUACCCACCUAUGAAGCAGCCGCAAAGUUGGAGUCAAGUGGAUAUGUGUAAAAGUCGGCUGAGCUUUUCGUUUCAAAGCCAAAUGUGCUUUAUUAGUUUUAGCUGGAAAUUUAGUAGUCACUAAAAGUGCAUAAUAUUUACUAUUUAUCACACACUGUACCAAAAAUAUGUACUAUGUAAAUGAAAUAAAGCAAAAAAAUGUGAGCAAACAAAUAGCAGAUAGAAUUUUUUCCACACGAAUAUUAAAUUUUAAAAGCUCGCCAACGCGAAGGCUAUAAAUUAGGUGUUAUAUGUAACAC